AUGGUCAACGAAGAAGAUUUUGAGGAUGAGGAUAAUGUUGUAGAAAUCUCUCCACAUGGUAAACAGCCUGUUCCUAUUCAAGGUUCUACUCGAAAAACUACCUCUGCUUCUAUUCAAUUGAAACCUAAAAAGCCUAGGAAGAUAAGGCCCAUGGAUUGUUUCUUCAUACCUGAGCCAGAAAUUGCAAGAUGGAUAUAUGAUACUGGAAUUUCGUUUAAUUUAGUCAAUAAUGAAAGUUUUGCACCAAUGAUUGAAGCCAUAGGACAAUUUGGUCCAAGUUUGAAACCACCAAGUUACCACAUGAUACGGAUUCCUUAUCUCAAGAAAGAAGUGAAUCAUGUCCAUAAGUUGAUGAAGGAGCACAAAGAGGAUUGGGCAAAGUAUGGAUGUUCUAUAAUGUGUGAUGGGUGGACGGAUAGGAAGCAUAGAACUUUGGUUAAUUUCUUGGUGAAUUGUCCUAGAGGAACCAUGUUUCUUGAGUCUAUUGAUGCAUCUUGUUACUCAAAGGAUGCAAACAAGAUUUUUAGCUUGCUUGACAAGUUUGUUGACAAAAUUGGAGAAGCUAAUGUGGUCCAAAUUGUCACCAACAGUGCUGCAGCAAAUGUAUUGGCAGGGAAGUUUUUGGAGGCAAAGAGACCCCAUUUGUAUUGGACACCUUGUGCAGCCCAUUGCAUGGAUUUAAUGUUGGAAGACAUUUUCAAAUUACCCAAUUUUAAGAAGACAUUUGAAAGGGCAAUUGGGGUACACGGUUAUAUUUAUAAUCGUCCAUCUUUGUUGAAUAUGAUGAGGAGUUUCACUCAAUUGAAGGAGUUAGUAAAGCCUGCUAAAACCCGAUUUGCAAUAGCUUUCUUAACUUUGCAAAGACUUUAUCAACAAAGGAACAACUUGAGGAAGAUGUUUACUUCGGAGGAGUGGACCAAAAGCAAAUGGGCGAAGGAGCUGCAGGGUAAGAAGAUAGCUCAAAUAAUGCUAAUGCCUUCAUUUUGGAAUCAUGUUCACCUUGCCCUUCAGUUUUCAUGUCCUCUUGUUCAUGUACUAAGAAUGGUUGAUGGUGAAGAAAAGCCUCCAAUGGAAUAUAUUUACGAGGCUAUGGAUAGGGCUAAAGAAACCAUUGCAAAUGCAUUCAAUGGAAAGGAAGAGAAGUAUAAAGAUAUCUUUGAAAUCAUUGAUCAAAGGUGGGACAUUCAAUUGCAUCGCCCUUUGCAUGCUGCUGGGUUUUAUUUAAAUCUUAGUUUGUUUUACAAAGAUCCAAAUGCUACAAAGGACAAAGAAAUCAUGACAGGCCUAUAUCAAUGUAUAUCAAGGUUGAUCCCAACACUAGAGGUCCAAGAUAAAGUUUGUGCAGAAUUAGCUAAGUAUGAGAAGGCUGAAGGACUUUUUCAGAUUCCUAUGGCAAUUAGACAAAGAAGUACAAGGGUACCAGCUGAUUGGUGGAGUUCUUUUGGUCAUAAAACUCCUGAUUUGCAAAAAUUUGCCAUCAAAGUACUUAGUCUUACUUGUAGUUCAUCUAGCUAUGAGAGAAAUUGGAGUGUGUUUGAACAUCUUCACAGCAAAAAAAGAAAUGGGUUUGCUCAAAAACGUCUCAAUGAUUUGGUGUUUGUGAAGUAUAAUAGAGCAUUGAAGCGUCGAUACAUGAAACAUGCCAAUAUUGAUCCCAUCUCUUUGAAAGAUAUUAAUGAGAGCAAUGAAUGGUUGAUUGGGAGGAUGAAGAAUGAGCUUGUGUUUGAUGAUGAUUCUUUGGGGUGGGAUGAUGUUGCUGUAGUUGCUGGAGUUGAGGAGAGUAACCAAAGAACUAGAUCAAGCACAACUAGGACAACACACCAACAACUUGUAGAUGAAGAAGAUGAAUGGGAAUAUGAAGAUGAGGCUGAAGAGAAGGAUGUGGAUGGAUACAAAUCCAAUGAUGAUAAUGAUGGAGGAGAUGAAGUUCUUCAUGCUGAUGAUGAUGUCUAUUAA